AUGGGCAUUCCUCCGGUGAGGCCACCGCGCAUCAUAAAGUAUCUAAAGCCUUAUGUUCUGAAAAUGCACUUUACAAACAAAUUCGUAACUGCCCAAGUAAUCCACACACCAACCGCCACAGUAGCCUCUUCUGCAAGCUCCCAGGAAAAGGCCUUGAGAGAAAGCAUGGAGAUACGCCGCGACGUUGCUGCUGCUGCAAAGAUAGGGAAGAUAUUGGGCGAGCGCCUCCUGCUCAAGAACAUCCCUGCUGUAUCCGUCCAGUUGAAGAAAGAACAGAAAUAUCAUGGUAAGGUUAAAGCUGUCGUUGACAGUGUGGUGGAAGCCGGUGUCAAACUCCUCUGA